AUGUCUCGCCAAAUCAACCAACCCUCCAACCAAAUCAAGCUCACAAACGUCUCCCUCGUACGCCUAAAGAAGGGCAAAAAGCGCUUCGAAAUCGCCUGCUACAAGAACAAAGUCAUGGAAUGGCGCUCCGGCAUCGAAACAGACCUCGAUAAUGUUCUCCAAAUCCCCAACGUCUUCCUCAACGUGUCCAAGGGUCAGACCGCCCCGAAAGAAGAUCUCGAAAAGGCGUUUGGCAAAGGCAAAUCCACCGACGAUAUUGUACUGGAAAUCCUGAAAAAGGGCGAGCUACAAGUCGGUGAAAAAGAAAGAGCAGCGCAACUGGAACGUGUGCACAAUGAAGUUAUCGGUAUAGUGGCCAGUAAACUUGUCGACCCGAGGACGAAAAGAGUAUACACAUUUGGCAUGAUUGAAAAGGCGCUGGAUAUGCUGAGCUCCCAGGCACACAGCACGGAUAAGGACAAGAGUGCUACGGCAAGUGCUACGGCAAGCGGCGCAGGAACUCCGGCUACGGGAGACGACGGCGAGGCGAAACCUAGGACAAAGGAGCAUAACUGGACGGGUAUGGUGACGACAAAGAGUGCAAAGAGUCAGGCUUUGGAGGCGAUGAAGGCACUGAUUGCGUUUCAACCUAUUCCUGUGGCAAGGGCGCGCAUGAGGUUGAGGGUUUCGUGUCCUACGAAUGUCUUGAAGCAGGCUGUCAAGGUGGCCAAGGGCGCUUCAAAGGAGGAAGACGGUGAGCAGAAAGCGCCGGGGACCGUGAAGGACAAGAUUUUGGGCUAUGUAGAGCAGGUGGAGAGUCAGGAUGUCAUGGGCUCGGAGUGGGAAGUUGUUGGGUUUGUUGAGCCUGGUGCAUUCAAGGCCUUGUCGGAUUUCAUUGGUAAUGAGACCAAGGGACAGGGAAGGGUUGAGGUAUUGGAUAUGGCGGUUACGCAUGAAGACUAG